CAUACUUCCUACUAUCAAUGUAGUGCAGUGCCGCUGAUGUGUGCAGAGAAGGGUCGUCCCACCUGUCUUCCGAGGAAUUCUGUCUCUAUUCACUUGCACAAGGAUGUUGACAUCCUUCUGAAGGAGCUCAAGCCCUGUGCGCGGCACCUUCGAGCUACGCUAGGUAGCUAUACAGACGAGCUACGCAUACUGGAAAGACUGUACUACAAGAACGCAAACCAACAUAGGGCCGCACUGUUUUUCAAGCGUGUUUCAGAGACCAGGCGAUACGGACAGAAGUUCGUCGCACUGAACAUUUCGGAACAUGUCGACCGUCUGUAUGCGUCAUUCUUCGGGUUAACUACAGCAAUGGGUGUCAACCAGAAACGGUUCAAGGGAACUUGGACACACGUACCUACUGGAUUCAGCAUUUCUUUCGUCUUAGAAAGAGUUUCAAUAUCUUGCAAGUUUCUUGACAAGAUGUCCAGCCAGCUUACACGGGAAUAUCAGCAUUUGACUCUGGCAAUGCAGUCAGGUGCUUUUGUUCAACUCAUCGUGUUGUUUUCGGCAAUAUGCUCUCGCAUGUCCACUCUGUUAUCCGAACUGUCGCAGGUACUCAGAAAUACUUCUCGGAUAUGCGAUCGUCUUUUGGUCAUUCUUGAUCCUCACCACUCGUCCCAGAGAGGGGUAUCCGCAGCCAUUCUGUGUACUACAUCGCCACCCUCUGAUGCCAAUCUCAUUACCUCAACAGUGGAUAUUCGAUCGGGUCUAACUCAUCUUGCAGAGAAUACUUCCAGAUCAGAAUUCUCGAGAUUCACCCGCAGAAUUCAAUGUGCCUUCCGAUGUUAGAUAUUCAAACUUCUCAAUGUUCGACGCAGGGCGUGGUUCUUGAAGACACUCAGGAGACAAUUGUGUCCAUGCCGAGAGAUGCAGUUUCUGAUUCAACCCCCACAGCUGGUGGACGACUCAAGGCGAAAAAGGUCAAGAAGAAGCGAGACGAGAUAGAUG